CGUGUCUUUUUCUUCGGGUCUGCGUAUGUAGUAUACAGAGGCUUUGUUCGCAUCACUGAACCUUGGUCUUGUAUAGCUGUGCGCUUAUUUGGCAGAUUUUUUUUCGUGAGUGCACGGGGUAUAUAGUGUUUCGAUGAUCUUCGUUAUUGCCGAUGUACAUGCACACGAGUGUCGGAGAUUUUUUAGGGGGGACAUGGUUUAAUUGGGAUGAUGAGUGAUGGUGCGAGGAUGUUCAUGGAUGUGCGUGUGGAGGAGGAGGUGAUGCUAAAUUUCGAACUUUUUUGAAAAAAAUUUUAAAGCGCGUUAUAAGGAUUCAAAUUACAGCAGAAUGCACGGUUCGCCUGCUCGCUUGAUAUACGUAUUUCCUUAUCGCGUCUGCGGUUGGAAAAUUUCCAAGUACUGGAAAAGAGUUUCGUAAUGCAUGGCGAAGGACAGAAGUAAUAACGAAAAGAUGCGUUUAUUUCUUUUGUGCAGACAAGCACGCUUGUUUGUGUGAAUUAUUCAUAACGACAUGUAUAUUUACCUAUUUAUUAUUGCAAACUUAUGGUUUUCGAUAAUUUUAUUUCUACACAUAAUUUAUAAAGCAUGUUUAUUCUUAUUACCAAAACAAGUGUAUUUUUAAUAAUUAUCUUAUUUAAAGAAUCUACUGCAAUCCCGUUCAAUAAGUAUUGCAAAAAAUUUAUGAAGUUUAGAAUUUUCUUAAUCUUUCAUUCACUAGCUGCUACAGUCAUUCUAGCUCACUUAUGACGAAUCGCACUCUCAGUGGGAUUAAGAUUUGAUUGCGUUUUGCAAGGUCCGCGAUACCACAUAUUUGGCUUUUCAAAACCUACAUUAAUUAACGCGUGUUAUCGCUAAGCAAUUUAACGCACACAUACGACGAGCCGCAGCUCUGGACCUCAGUAGUCGUCGAUCACUCGAGCUGUCAAGUAUUUCUCUCUGAGUAAAGCAGUUAACACCCAUCUCUCUGUGUCCUAGUGAUCAACUUAUAGUGAUAUCAGCAUUCAGCUCAUCACCAUACUUACAGUUGACGAUAAAAUGUCUAUUUCAAAGAGUGUGAUUGCGUUGGCGCUGUGUUUCUUGCUUUCCACUGAGUCAGUAUUUUCUAAGGUUGAGAAAUGCUAUCAGUGUGAUUCUGCGACAGACGUCGAUUGUGCACUAAAUCGAAAACAAGAAAAAUUCAUCUUUAAUUGUAAAGAUACUCCAACCGGAGAAGGAUUUUUCAAUCUCAAUGAAAAUAUAGCCGACGUCGAAUUCCUCUGCGUUAAAGCGAUAAUAACCAAGUCUUUCUUCGGAAAUAAAACCCUGAAGAUGCUGGUUCAUGGGUGUGGAACUAAAGACACCUGCAACGAAAAACCCGAUCCCAAAACCGGAAUAACACUUGUUGAGUGUAACACAUGUACAAGUGAUUUGUGUAAUUCAUCAUAGAUAUAUCAACGUUGUAUUUUACAGUUCGACAAUUUUUUCAGCAAUGAUUUUUCUAUACUAGAAGUAGAAAAGCUUUUUCCACAAUUUGUUAUUGAAAAAUCAGUGCAUACAAAUAAAUAUAUUAACAUUGAUUAA